AUGGCGCUAACAAAUUUCAGUAAAGAUGAAAGCGAGAGCAGACAACUGAGCCAGUGCUCCGAUAUCGAUGAAUUUACUGGAGAAGUAGAUGGCGAGUUUAUCUUUCUUUCAGUUGUAAAUAGUCUUCUGUCCGUUACCGCAUUUCUGGGGAACACUUUGAUUCUAGUUGCCCUACACAAGGAGACUUCACUUCAUCCGCCGUCCAAAGUUCUGUUUUGUAGCCUAACGUUAACUGAUCUCUUUGUUGGUAUCAUCGCUGGUCCAUUGACUGUAACUUAUGAAAUUUCUGUUGUGAAGGGAAGAAGCGAUAUUUGCUAUUACGCAGUUUUGAUGUCAGAUUUCUCAAGUUAUACUUUGUGUUCAGUGUCUUUAUUAACACUGACUGCAAUAAGUGUGGACAGACUUGUCGCCUUGUUGUUGGGUCUUAGAUACAGACAAGUUGUGACUUUGAAAAGAACAAGUAUAACUGCAAUUGGUUUAUGGAUUUUGUCCAUUUUUGGGGCAUCUACUUUGUUUUGGAAUCGUCUUAUUGUUUCUUGGUAUCAAUACAUAGGUACAGCUGUGUGUCUGGUGACUACAAUCUUCGCUUACACUAAAAUUUUCUUCACUUUGCGUCAUAACCACAUUAACCAUGUUCCUCAAGCACAACCGCGCGAAGCAACUCCCCUGAAUAUAGCUCGAUACAGAAAGGCAGUGUCCAGCGCAUUGUGGGUACAGGUAACAUUGGUUGUUUGCUAUCUGCCGUUUUCUAUAGUGGUAGCUCUCACACCUCAAAAAGGGAUUCCUUUAUCUUAUUUCCUUGCUUGGGAGUUUACAGCUACUUUACUAUAUUUAAACUCUUCGCUAAAUCCAUUGUUAUAUUGCUGGAAGAUUAAAGAAGUAAGGCAAGCAGUAAAAGAAACAUUAAAGCAACGUUUUUGUUCAUCGAGUUAACUUAUUCCACGCUCGGCUUGAAGACGUAAAAUGUAGACACACGCGGCUCUUCGCACUUUUCUUCGCGAUCCGUUCCGCCCACAAUCUUGGAGCCUGGAACUUGCUAGUCGUCAAGGCUAACGUUACCAAAAAUCAACCAAUGGCAGUUUGCUAAGUGAAAGUUUAGGAUUAGACACACCUCAUUAUCUCCUUUCCCAGUAACAAUUAAAUAUAAAACUUAAAGAAAUGUAGACCAGCCAUAAAUAGCCACGUAUUGAGAUGAAUUUUGGCCAGGAGAAUAAAAUUUUAGAAACUUAACGUAAAUAGAUUAUUCUCUUCAAGCUGUGACUUUAGAUAACGUAGACUGCAGGUAGACUUUUUUUUUCUCAUUAAGAACUGGACGGAUUAUAGGAGAGAAGUACGACUGGGAACAGUCUGGGGAAAGAAACGCGUAAAAGGUUUUAGCAUUUCCAGAUUAAAAAUUAAGAGAAUCAUUUUCUGGUUUUUUCCUUUUCUUAGUAUUCAAUAGUGGUGGUAUAAGAAGUAGAGAGUCUACAAUAGUGACAACCUAACAACAAAAGUAUCAUGUUUACAGCAUGCUGCUGGUUUCUUCUUCUUCUUCUUCUUCUUCUUCUUCUUCUUCUUCUUACUCUUCCAUAUCUCUCAAUUGUAUUCCAAAAGGGUAAUUAAAAACGGACUAGGGUAAAUUAUUAUAAGAUCUGAGCGCUCAGUCAGAGGGAUAAAUAGAGGCAAAGACAGAAAAUCAAACCCAGUGCUAUUAGGCCCCGGUUCAGACAUCGAACUUUUCUCGAGUCGAACCUAAUUCGAAUUAAGGCCGACUCAAAUUAUUUAGACCGGCUGAAUUGAUUCAGACGCCGAUCUUAAUUCCAGCCGAACUAAAUUCAAAAGGAGAAAAAUUCUCAUUUCGGUCAAACUACUUAUAAAAUACGUUGUAAUAAUUUAUGCAUUUCGUAUACGAAAUAUUCCUCUGACCUGAAUCUUGGCGAGGGUCUUUGUAUACGUACCUCCUUUCAUUUCCCACUUUCUGGACUUUAUCUGUUGAACGGUUUUGAUUUUUAUUUUGAUCUAUUUUGAAUGGCGUAACGCUGAAAAGCAGCAAUACAACACUAGAGAGAUAAAUUUUAGAUAAAUUUUUCUUAAGCGAGAUGGUUGAUUUAUUGACUAACAAAUAAAAUGUCCUCAAGUCGGAUCGGACACGGGCACACAAUACACUUAAUUAUACACUUAAUAUACUUAAAAGAAAACAUUCGCAAUUUCCUCAUACGAAUCCAUAUAUUUCGAAUUUCGGCUACCAGUAGAGGGAUGAAUUAAUGAAAAUAUACAGAGAACAAAACAAUACCAGAACGAGGAGAAUUAGAAAUAAAUCAAGAUACUUACUUCGAAAGAAAGAGGGGAAAACAUUUUUUUUCUUCUGCAUCAAUUAAUUUAGUUAGUUGACAGAGAAACAUAAUGUGCAGUGAUAUUUUGUUGUAUCAGGAGUUAAUGUUACGCUGAAGUGGCAUGACGUUAACAAAACUUAUGGGUAUGAAAUAAAAAUUUUCAGACAAGGUUUUCUGAAUUUGCAUUUUCAUCUUUCACUGUUAGUGAUGAUAUUUUGACCUGGAAAGUGAAAUAGAUGGACAUUAUUUUGCCUCUAAGGGGGCAAUGGAUGGGUGGUUCCUCAUUAUAUACGUUAAUAAACAGGCUAUUUUAUUAUGCAGACGCUGAAACUUACUCGUAUCAAAUAAAAGAUGAAACUGUGCGCUGUUGUUUGUUUUAGCUAUUUGCAAAAAAAAAAUAUUGCGUUUUUAAUGUUAGUGGGUAGUGUGAAGGUGGGUAUUUAAUAAAUAUUGAAGUUAACAUUCGAGAUGUUUAUGCUCAUAUCACAAGUAUGGUUUUUUAGUAGCCUCAAAUUCUGGAAUACGGACAAAAAAACAACAAGAACAAAGAAAACGACAACCUAAUGAAAAAAGACGGAAAAGGUUAACGCAGCUUAUUAAACUACAUUGCAAUAAUGCAGUUAUAGUUUGCUAAGUUUUUCCGUAAAAUGUUAUUCUCACGAAAAUGAAAUGGAGCCUAAAAUUUAGACCUUCCCAAUUCCAAUUUGUCAUGUGUUGAUGGACUUUUACGACUCUCUGCCUUCAAAGAGGGAACAAAAUUUAGUAUUCCUAUGAGUACGUGACUCAAAAUUGGGGCUAACAAACACGAUUAAGCCUUACAAACAGCUGGCUUUGCUCAAAAAAUGGUACUUAUUGCUCGCAAUUAAACAAGUUUCAAAGCAAAAAAAGAUAGAAAUAAAAUAAAUGUAGAAACCGUGAACGCAUCUAUGUUCAGGUUGUGUUUUUAAGGAUUUACCUAUCUUUAUUAACAGGUUUUUAUACCUCACCGACAAAAGUUGUCCCGUCAUCUUAUCCGGAGCUUAGUUUUUAACUCAAUUUAAGCUAUAAAAUAUACAAAUAUUAUGAUUUAACAUAACAACGAUAGCUCCUUAGCUUACAAACUAAUAUUUAGCUUGGUAAUUGGAAUCUUCUGGGAAAUUAAGGUAAUGACGUUGAACGUCAAGCUGGAACCCAUGACAACGUCUGUUUUCUGUCUGACAGAUGCAGUGGAGACAACAGAAGAACUUAUGGUUCUUUUGUUUUUGUUAAACAGAAGUUCAUAAUCAUAACAAGAAGAAGGGGAUUAACGCACACCUGGCUGAUUAUUUGAAUUAAAGAUGAAAUGAUAUCACUUCCAGACUGACUUGUUGUUUGAGUUAAAAGGUGCUCACUUGCAGGUCGUCGCAUCAAAGAGAAAUGGCGCUAACAAAUUUCAGUAAAGAUGAAAGCGAGAGCAGACAACUGAGCCAGUGCUCCGAUAUCGAUGAAUUUACUGGAGAAGUAGAUGGCGAGUUUAUCUUUCUUUCAGUUGUAAAUAGUCUUCUGUCCGUUACCGCAUUUCUGGGGAACACUUUGAUUCUAGUUGCCCUACACAAGGAGACUUCACUUCAUCCGCCGUCCAAAGUUCUGUUUUGUAGCCUAACGUUAACUGAUCUCUUUGUUGGUAUCAUCGCUGGUCCAUUGACUGUAACUUAUGAAAUUUCUGUUGUGAAGGGAAGAAGCGAUAUUUGCUAUUACGCAGUUUUGAUGUCAGAUUUCUCAAGUUAUACUUUGUGUUCAGUGUCUUUAUUAACACUGACUGCAAUAAGUGUGGACAGACUUGUCGCCUUGUUGUUGGGUCUUAGAUACAGACAAGUUGUGACUUUGAAAAGAACAAGUAUAACUGCAAUUGGUUUAUGGAUUUUGUCCAUUUUUGGGGCAUCUACUUUGUUUUGGAAUCGUCUUAUUGUUUCUUGGUAUCAAUACAUAGGUACAGCUGUGUGUCUGGUGACUACAAUCUUCGCUUACACUAAAAUUUUCUUCACUUUGCGUCAUAACCACAUUAACCAUGUUCCUCAAGCACAACCGCGCGAAGCAACUCCCCUGAAUAUAGCUCGAUACAGAAAGGCAGUGUCCAGCGCAUUGUGGGUACAGGUAACAUUGGUUGUUUGCUAUCUGCCGUUUUCUAUAGUGGUAGCUCUCACACCUCAAAAAGGGAUUCCUUUAUCUUAUUUCCUUGCUUGGGAGUUUACAGCUACUUUACUAUAUUUAAACUCUUCGCUAAAUCCAUUGUUAUAUUGCUGGAAGAUUAAAGAAGUAAGGCAAGCAGUAAAAGAAACAUUAAAGCAACGUUUUUGUUCAUCGAGUUAA